AUGGUCGAGGAGUGCAUGUCGCAGUUCCCCAAGAUCAUCUCUGGUGAGAUGAAGCCCAACUACACUAAGUGCAUCAAGAUCGCCACUGACGCCUCUCUUAUGGAGAUGAUCGCCCCUGGUUGCUUGGUUAUCCUCUCCCCUCUCGUUGCUGGUCUCCUCUUCGGUAAGAACUGCACUGCCGGUCUUUUGUGCGGUGCUCUUGUCUCUGGCGUCCAGAUGGCCAUUUCCAUGUCUAACACUGGUGGCGCUUGGGAUAAUGCCAAGAAGUACAUCGAGGCCGGUGGUCUUGGUCCCGAGUGCGGUAAGGGCUCCCAGGCUCAUAAGAACGCUGUGACUGGUGAUACCGUCGGUGACCCGCUCAAGGAUACCUCUGGUCCUGCCAUCAACAUCGUUAUUAAGCUUUCUGCCAUCAUGUCUCUCGUCUUCGGUGGCGUUAUUGCCAAGACUUCGAACGAGAAUGGCGGUCCUUUCUGGUUGUAA